AUGGAAUUUGUUGCUCAAGCGCGAGGUCCUCAUCCACAUCGGGCAGGCGGGGUGCAGAUGGGCAAGCGUGGCUGGGAGCUGUACUGGCUGGAGCACGGCAUCCACCCGAAGGCAGAUGCCGUCCGACACAAGCGAGACGCGCCGCCGCAAGCACGUGCCCGCGCCGUCUCGUCGACCCUCGAGCCAACCGUCGACGAUUCAAUGCCAAUGUUGAAUAAAUUCUCGUACGUUUACAUUGGAGCACGAGCCACCUGCGCUGUUGCAGAUGAGGUGCGCACCGGCACGUACCGCAACCUGUUCCACCCGGAGCAGCUCAUCACGGGCAAGGAGGACGCCGCCAACAACUACGCAAGAGGGCACUACACAAUCGGCAAGGAGUGCAUCGACCUGACGCUGGACCGCAUCCGCAAGAUGGCGGACCAGUGCAACGGGCUGCAGGGCUUCCUGGUGUUCCACUCGUUCGGCGGCGGCACGGGCUCGGGCUUCGCGUCGCUGCUCAUGGAGCGGCUGUCCCCCUACAACGCCAUCCUGUACACGCACCCGACGCUGGAGCACUGCGAGGUGGCGUUCAUCGUGGACAACCAGGCCAUCUACGAGAUCUGCCGCCGCAACCUGAGCAUCGACCGCCCCACCUACACCAACCUGAACCGGCUCAUCGGCCAGAUCGUGUCCUCCAUCACGGCCUCGCUGCGCUUCGACGGCGCGCUCAACGUCGACCUCACGGAGUUCCAGACGAACCUCGUGCCCUACCCGCGCAUCCACUUCCCGCUGGCGACCUACGCUCCGGUGCUGUCGGCGGAGAAGGCGGGCCACGAGCAGAUGACGGUCGCCGAGAUCACCAAGGCGUGCUUCGAGCCCAACAACCAGAUGGUGAACUGCGACCCGCGCCAGGGCAAGUACAUGGCCGUCUGCAUGCUGUACCGGGGCGACGUGGUGCCCAAGGACGUCAACUCGGCUAUCUCCAUGAUCAAGAAAGAGAAGACUAUCCAGUUUGUGGAGUGGUGCCCCACGGGAUUUAAGGUGGGCAUCAACUACCAGCCGCCGACGGUGGUGCCGGGCGGGGACCUGGCCAAGGUGGAGCGCGCCGUGUGCUGCCUGUGCAACACCACCGCCAUCAUGGACGCGUGGGCGCGCAUCGACCGCAAGUUCGACCUCAUGUUCGCCAAGCGCGCCUUCGUGCACUGGUACGUGGGCGAGGGCAUGGAGGAGGGAGAGUUCUCCGAGGCGCGAGAGGACUUGGCCGCGCUCGAGCUCGACUACCAAGAGGUGCAGGAGGACGCCAACUCCGACCCCGACGAAGAAGAGUACUAG